UUAUCGUAGUGGUGCAGCAGAUGAAUCUCGGUUGUCCUGACAGAAGGAACAUUUAUUCGUCUCAGUCAGUUAGUUAGAGAAUUAUUUUGUAAGAACCAAGAUCAGUGAGAAGAUAGAAAAACCGAUCGAAGAUGUCUUUCACUAUAUUAACGGGUCCACCCGGACCUGAAGCUAGGGCUCUGGCCGAGAAAGAACUUAGGGAAACCGAGGAAAAUGUGAAGAACGGCAUCGAGACCCUGAGAAAAUAUAUUGAAGAGGAUAAAACGCUAUACUACUGCACCGACGACGAUUUUCUCUUGAUUUUCCUCCGUCCAUGCAAGUUUUAUCCGCAGAGCGCAUAUGAACUCAUGAAACGCAUCGCGGAUUUCAGACAUAAGAAUGCAGCUCUCUUCUAUGAUCUAUUGCCGAGUGAUGAAAGAGAUGCCAUCGUGAAUCACAGUGUUAUUAACGUUUUAAAAACAAGAGAUCAUAAAAAUCGCAGGGUGAUGAUAGUCCAAGCUGGCAAAACUUGGGAUCCGUCUAAGGUUACGAGUGAUCAAAUAUUGAGAAUGUUUUAUUUAGUUCAUUUGAUAGCCAUACAGGAGCAGGAAUCGCAGAUAUUUGGAACUGUUGUUAUAAUGGACUUCGACGGUCUCUCCAUGAAACAGGUUAAGGGAAUGCCACCAAGCUUUUCCAUAAAACUUCUUGGUUUCAUUCAAGAUGCAAUGCCAUUGCGUUUAAAAGAGAUUCAUUUUGUAAAACAACCAUUUCUGUUUAACAUGGUAUGGACAAUGUUUAAACCAUUUGUUAGAGAAAAACUGAGAAAACGCAUGUUCUUCCACGGUACCAAUAUGUCCUCUCUUCACACUCACAUUCCUGCUAGCCAUUUACCGAAAAACUAUGGCGGUGAACAACCGGAAAUAGAUUACACUAGCGCCGAUUGGUACCCAACAAUACUAAAUUACGAAGAUAAGAUUAAAGAAUGGAACACAUAUGGAUAUACUGAUAAAAAAUAAAUUAAAUUUUUAUCAGAUCAAUAUCAUCCUAAUGAUAUUAAUAUAAAU